AUGGCAAAUUCUAAAUAUGAAUAUGUGAAAGCAUUCGAACAACCGGACGCGCUGCUCCCCAGUACCUGGAUUGUCGUCCGCAUCGAUGGUAGAGGCUUUCACAAACUCAGUGAUCGCUAUGGCUUCAAGAAGCCCAACGAUCGCCGUGCACUCGACCUGAUGAAUGCGGCGGCGGUGGAAGUCAUGAAAGAGCUUCCGGAUUUGUGUAUUGCCUACGGGGUCAGCGAUGAGUAUAGCAAACUCGUGACAACUAUUGUGUCGACAUUUACGGCCCAUUAUGUAUAUCUAUGGAGCAAGUAUUUUCCCGAUACACCUCUACAGCCACCAUAUCUACCUUCGUUCGAUGGGAGAGCAGUCAUAUAUCCUUCAAUACAGAAUCUGCGGGAUUAUAUGAGCUGGAGGCAGGUGGACUGUCAUAUUAACAAUCUCUAUAAUACGACGUUUUGGACGAUGGUCCAGCAGGGCGGAAUGAGUAACACGGAUGCUGAGAGAGAGUUACAGGGUACUGUCUCUUCAGAUAAGAACGAGAUUCUGUUCAAGAGAUUCGGAAUAAAUUACAAUAACGAAGAGGAGAUCUACAAAAAGGGCAGCGUGCUCUAUCGUCAAUAUCAAUUGGAGGAUACCCGGUCAAGCACAGGGCAUCAAGUGGAAACAGAAGAAGAGACUGCACCAGUGCAGGAACAGAUCUCAAAGUCACAACAAGAAAAGCUUCGCAAACUGCGACAAAAAGCUCAGGUGGUUAUCGACCAUGUCGAUAUCAUCAAAGAUGAAUUCUGGCAACGAAGGCUGUGGAUUCUGUCGGGAAAGCCUGGGAAAUUGCCAGUAUAA